GUCGGCCUGUUCCUACGCAGGGCCACCGACGGGGCUCACCGAGGGCCGUCUGGGCGCGAGAGGCUCCCGGGAGGGUCUCGCUACUGGAUUGUCACACGUGAUUACAACGGUCACCUUUUGGAGCCGGUGGGUGUCUUUACUCGCUUUGGCGACUGCAAGUCUUUGGUCAAGCGAGGCAGUGACCUCGGCAUGUCUGACGAAGAAGAAGGGAGGCCGCUGAGCCCCCGGGACGCCCUUGCUUCGGGCGACGGCUUCGAGGAUUUGGAAUGCCCUUUGGCUAUGAUUCAGUGCGGCACUGCCUCCGAUGGGGCCGAAGUCCUUGUGGCCGCUGUGCUGGUGCGGGAGCUAGAUGGAAGGCUCGUUUUGGCAGUGCCUUCAUCUGCUUGGCAUCGCAAAGUGCAACGGCGAACCUUGCCCAAGGGGUUCAUGGCCAGAGUAGGAGGCGCCGAGGUUCUUGCAUGCGCCAGCCUUGCCAGGAGGGACUGCCUCGAAGGAUCCACAAUCCGAGUGUGGCUGGGGCUUGUGGACCCGCAGGCCGAGGGAUCAAUCAGCGUACCCGACGAGCUGCCCGAGGAUUGCAUAGGGUUCGGCAGAGCAGCGUCUGGGGAGGACUUACUUCCCUUUGUGCCUUCCCUUCUGGCCGCCUGCAACGAUCAUUUCUCCUUUGCCUCGGCCGAGUCGGCAAAGUCUGGGACCGAGAAGGACAUCAUGGGCGAAAGGCUCCGUCGGCUGGAAGAAGCGGUGCUCUCCUUGACAAGGGGAGCUCAAGCCAAGUCCACGGCGGCAGCGCCCAAGGCUCGGGCCAAGAAGGCAGCGUUGAAAGGCACCGCCGCGGCUACUGCCCCGCCCACCGAGGUGGGUUUGGACCCCUCCGUGGCAGCAGCUGCCCGAGCCGCAGGAGUGUCCGAUGCGGCGCUGUCAGAGAUGGAAGGGUUGCUGCGACGAGGCCGCGGCAGCCGGCUCAAGGGGGAACCCCCAGCGGCCACACUUGGGGCCGGCCUGGGCCUCGACGAGUCCGAAGGGGAGGAGGAGCUUGGGGACGAAGAGCUUGGAUCGGGCGACCAGCCGGGCGAGACGGCGGCGUUGCUCCAUCCGUCCUCCGGGCAUGGCCAGGCGGAAGCGUUCGCAGCAGCGAUGUUCCGCAUGAUGGAAGGGUAUCACAGGAGCUCGGCGAAGGGAUCCUCAACUUUGGAGCGUGCCCUCGACGGCGCCGGAAGUGGUUCGGGCGAGGGGCCAGGGUUGCCGGGAGCGAGGCGGAGCUCUGCUGCUCGCAAGGCUCUGCGAGACGCUCUUUCUGCGAAUCCGGCGGAGCUGAGCAAUGUGAUCGAGACGUUGAUGGCAGAAGAUUUGGCAUCUGCCUCACCGGGCGUCGCUGUCCCCGGCCAGACAUCAGCGCGAGCUUGGACGGAGCACAGGUCGAAGAUAUCGUCGCAUGCCACGGUUGUUUGGGCCUCUUGGAUCAUAGCGGGGGCAUUGGACUGUCUAAGGACCAACCGCCCUCAGCAAGCGAGAGCACGGCUCAACAUCGGAUUGCUCAUGUUAGACCAAAUGAGCAUAGACCACGGCAGCUGGGUGUUGUCCGCCGAGUUAGCGCUCGAGGUCGGUCCGCCGUUCCAUGCAUACCGCCAGCACGAGCACCAUCAGUCGGGGCAGGUCUACAGCCGGCUGUUGGACCCCAGGUGGGCGGAAGUUGCGAUCGCCCACCUGAAAGACCAGGCGGACUUCGUGGAGAAAAGGGCUCGCCUCAACAAGGGCCGCCUCGGACAGCCGCCCAGGGACAACGCCGCGGACGAGCAAGACGAGGAUGUUCAGGCUGGCCCUGGGCCGAGCGGAUCCGUGCCGGGAGCUCGUGCCCCAGACCUGUCGGUUUUUCAUCGUCAAUGCGGGCGCCGCGGCUGGAAGCUCAAGUACAUCAGCCUGGCCGUUGCUUGUUUGUCUUGGUUGUUGGAGGCGGCCGCGUUUGGCGUGCAUUUUCCGUUUGAGUUUUCUGCCGCCGACCUUGGGCGGCACGCUGCGAAAGUUGAAUCCCAGACUGAUGUCCUGUCCGCCCUCGGCCGCGCCGCUGAGUGCUUGGGCCGGGAGUGGGGUUAUUUGGGGUCCGGUGAGGGUUUUCGCUUUGACACGGCUGCCAGUCAGCGCAGCUGUGAUGAGGCCGCUCCCUCAUCGGCUGCCUACGUUAAGAGCCCCUCGCUGCCUGGCCCUGGCCCAACUGUGGCCCGUCCGAUUGUGGCUGAUAGGAUCAAGUUGCCUAGAGCACCCUUGUUUAGGCCCCAGGAGUUCAUGGACGCCCGGACUGCGCACCGCUACAACAAGCCUCUGGACUAUGCUCGCGACCCGGCAGGGUGCCCCGCGCCACCGAGAGUCAAGGUCCUCGCCACUGUGCCCGAGAAGUUGAAGCUGUACCGCAACCUCGCCGACACCAAGCGACUUGUUCCCCUUCAGGAGCCUCCGGAGAGGCGAGGGUUUGGGGCUGGCCUUUUUGCCGUGGGCAAAGAUGCUGCCCGGGACCGCCUGAUACUCGAUGCAAGACCCGCCAACGGUCUUGAAGAUGGUGGCUCCAGGUGGUCGAAGACGCUCGCUUCGGCGGUUGCUGUGACAGGGCUCGUGCUGCCCAGGGACCGCACCUAUCUGUUUUCAGGGGCGGACCUUAAGGAUUGCUUUUACCAAUUCAUUGCCACUCCGGACCGUGUCGUGCGCAACAUGCUCGCGGACCGGCUGUCGGUGGAGCAAGCCGGGUUCGUUUUUAGGCGGCCCAUGCACGCACAUGCCGAUGAUAAGGGCUUCGUACACAUCGCAUUCGCAUCUCUCGCCAUGGGCGAUUGUGGGGCUUGCGAGUACGCACAGUGCUCUCACCUUGGGGUUUGUGUGCAGGGUGGGGUGGUUAGGCCUGGUGAACUUUUGGUGCAUGCAGCUUCGCCCCCGAGGGGCCUCCUCAGCAUCGGCUUGGUCAUCGACGACCUCGUGUGCUUAGACCAGGUGCUUUCCUCUCAGGUCGCCCGGGUCUGCGCGGGUGAUGUUCCAGGAGCGGGGUCCUCCAGGCUUGACGCGGCGCUGCAGGCUUACAGGAAGGCUCCCCUCGAAGUCUCCGACUCGAAAGUCUUUCGCAACAAGGUGCAGGCGAGCUUCUGGGGCAUCACAGUCUGUGGUGCGAGCGGGUGGCUCAAACCCAACCCGCACCGCCUUUGGCCUCUGAUUCUUGUGACAUUGCGCACCGUCGAGCUAGGGCUCGCUACGCGGCACCUGCUGGAGUCGAUCACCGGGUGUUGGAUCUCCGUCUUUGUGCUCAAAAGGAGGCUCCUAGCCGCCAUGGAUCUAGUCUUCAAGGCAGCGGCCGGCGAGCACAACAGCGUCAUCAGGCUGUCCCCUGAGUUGCGGGCCGAGCUCUCUUCGCUCGCCCUUCUCGGGCCCUUGUGUGCUGUGAACCUGCGGGCCCCGGUUAUGCCUGAGAUCACGGCCACCGAUGCGUCCAGCACGUGGCAGGCUGCCGUGCGGGCCACCGUGCCGAGACCCGUCGCUCACGAGGCUUUUCGGCAAAGCGUGCAGCGGGGAGCUUGGACUCGUCUGUUGUCGCAGCCGGGUGCGUGGCUGAGGGAACAUGACAUGCUGAGCGAGGCGAACGAGCUUCCAGGCGGUGACGUGUAUCAGGCACUUCCUCUUUACUGCGGCCUGGCCACUGUUCCGGCCUACCGCGAACUUUGGAGGCGCAAGUAUUCUAGCCGCGUGCACAUCAAUAUUGGUGAGCUUGAAGCGUUCUUGAUUGAAGAGGCCAGGUCAGGUGCCCGUUCACCCUGCAGCCGACACGUGUUUGCCCUUGACUCGCAGGUCGGAAUAGGCUGCGUGGCCAAGGGGAGGUCAGCCUCGCCGAGAUUGAACGAGCUCCUCGCUCGCUCAAUAGCGCCGGUGCUGGGAUUUCAGAUCCAAACGGCAGCCAUCUAUUAUCCGAGCUCCCUGAAUCCGGCUGACGAUGGUACGCGUCAUAAGCAAAUUCGGCCCCCUGCCGCUGAGGCUCCCUCGUGGUGGGCGCCUCUCACCCGCGGGAGCUGUUCCGCCCUUGAGCGUGCCACCAUUGAGGCCGGGUUCGGGCCGGACGGUGAUGAAUUCGACCAAAAUCAGCUACUCGAGCUCGGUGGCCGCCAUGCCUCCCGUAUGCAACGACGCCACCGGGAUGCCAUGUUUGCGGGCGAAGGGGGGCAACCCAGCGCCUGCAUCUCUGCUGCUGCAGGCCUUGAUGCCGUCUGGGCAUCGGUGAAAAGCGAAGCCUCUCACGAUGACCUCGUGGCCUUCCCUCGGCAACUCUACGCCUUUAAGGCUUCCGGUCUCGACCUCAGCCUGCCUGGAGCUUUGCUGCUGUUUGGGGGCAGGAAUGGCCUAGCUAGGUGCUUUCCUUGCUGUGUGCGCUGCGCCGGUUGCGAGUUCCAUGUCCCGCGCGUCGUGCCGCAUGCCCCGUAG